AAUAUAGAUGUUAUACAAGCGCGCAAUUAAUACAAUCAUUAACAUCGAUACGGUAAUUGAUAUUUAAAAACGAAUGAUAGAGUUUAACUGAUGGAAUAUUAAAUAUACCAUCAGUGUAACGUGUGCAGACUGAUAGAAGUACUAAAAUCAAACAAACCAACAUGAUCAUUCAAUCUAUCUUCAUACAAACUACAUUUUGGUGGUCGCUAUCGACGAUAGUCGGCUGUAUCCCGAUGGAGCAAGCGAGCGAUCGGAGGAUAACCGUAGACAGCGUUCCGCUUCCUGACAUUCCGAUGGCCAGCGAAGAGAGCGUUCACAUGCUAACGGCCGUCCGGUUCCCACCGCCAGCACUGUUCUUUGCCAAUCCCGACAAGAAAUGGUCGCUGGGCGAUUUUGAAAAAGCUGAUCAGGUCACGACUUAUUCGGUCACUGACGAUUUGACAGAGACACAGGACCAACAAGACGCAUACCUACAACAGGACCCGGUCACUACCGUCGAACCAGAAACGGAAGCAGAAGUUGAGACGACCACCAUAGCGACCGCAGUCGACGGAUUGGUAGAUGAACUAAAGCAGACGGCCAGUGACGGACACGUAGAAGGUUUGCAGCCAACUGUUGACGAACACGUAGAAAGUUUGCGGCCUACUGACGACGGACACGCAGAAAAUCAUCAGUUAACCGAUGACGGACUCGUGGAAAGUCUACAGCCUGCCAGCGACCGACUAGCAGACAGUCGGCCUACUUCCGCCGAUCGGCUCAUCGUCACGCCAAAACAACAACAACUACCGGUGCGUAUCGUGAACCAACGGCCGGCAAACCGUUGGUCGGAAAAGCGGUGGACAGCCUCUCGAGACCGAUUACGACGCCCGGCAGCAUCGGAACACAAUCGAUCGCAAUUCCGGACGAUCGUUCUAACCAGCCGACCGCUUCCGGUGCCCGGCGCCGAUGUACGAUUUCCCGAAGUCGAGUACGCGGUAGCUAGUCUUGGCGAUCGAAAGAACUUGCACGAUUUCCACCAACAAUAGUACACAUACGGUAAUAAUGGUAAACUGUGAGUCCGAUUACCACACUAUCGUAUUGUACAGAGCAAACCACAUAUUUUGCUGCAGGCCGACAAAAGUUACGGGUUUCUACAAUAAUAUUGUGUUGUGAGUUGAUAA